AUGUGUUUCAGGGUCAACAGUGGUUUUGAGGAGCAGUUGCAUCUGUAUGAGGCCCUGCAGUGUGAAGUGGAUACCUCCAGUCCUCUGUACAAACAGUACAGACUGACCAAGAUCACUGAGAAGUACCCUGAGUUGCAGCAUGUUCCCAGGGAGCUGUUUGCCAUUGACCCUGCCCAAUCCAGCUCUUCUGAAGUGUCCUAUCGCUGCAGGAAGUGCAGACGAACUCUGUUCCGUGGCUCCAGUAUUCUCAGUCACCCAGUAGGAGAAGGAGCACCAGCCUUUAGUCACAAGAAGUCCAGUAACCUCACUGGAGGCAUCCAGUGUACUUCGUACUUCAUCGAACCAGUGCAGUGGAUGGAACAAGCUUUACUUGGAGUGAUGGAUGGACAGCUGCUGUGUCCUAAGUGUAGCUCUAAACUGGGCUCAUUCAGCUGGUGUGGUGAUCAGUGUUCGUGUGGUCGCUGGGUCACUCCCGCCUUCCAGCUGCACCGCAACAGAGUGGACGAGAUCCGACAGCUCAACAUGCACAAAUAACACACACUUACACUCACACUCACUCACUCAUGAAUGCAGUCUUGACAAACAGAAAAAGAAAUAACACAGACCUCAUCAACAUACAGUCUAACAGGAACAAUAUGACAGAGAAUUUUAAACCUUACAUAGUUGUGUGAGAGCGUAAGUCAAGCUUGUACAGACACUUACCCAAAGGAAAAAAAAAGUUGAUUUGAUUGUCAAGUAUGACAUCUUGUGGCUUUUCAAAUUGUUGCAAACUGCAAUAUUUUUACUAAAAUAUGUGCUGAAACAAUCAGUCUUUUAUUUGAUUCAUCAGUAAAUGAAUUAUGCAUUUUGUUUAAUUCAAUUAAUAAAAAAUGUCCAUAUUGGAUGUUUUUAUAGUAACAAUGUGUUGAUGUAAACAUCCUUUAGCUGUCCAAGCUGUUUACUGAGACAAGCUGGUGAAUGCAGAAAUGUUUGUAUCUUUACAAGCUAAAGAAACAAACAUUUCUUUAGAGUUGGUAGAGACCCAAACUAGAGCUAAGAGCUGUUUUAAAAUAUCAAGUUCAAAGGUAACCUCUGUGAUCACAGCUGGUUGCCCCCAGGUGGCAAAAAAAUGUUAUUUUAGGUGUAAAGUUGCAUUUUUGCUGUUUUUUGCCACUUAAUAACAGUUCAGUUAGCUCAAAACUGUCAUAAAAAGUGAAUUUUAUACCACAGUUAAUAUUUAAAUCCAAGGAGGAUCCCCUUGACUUUCUACAUAGUUUUUGAAUCUGAAAGUAAGAUAGAUGACUGCUCUGUAAAACACCAAUAAUGUAAAUAAAUGAAAAAUAAAAAAAUACUUAUAUUAAAAGACAA